AAAAAAGUUUUAUUGCUCAUCUCGUAGUUAAUAGCGCUAUCUACUUAACGGGGUUAGUUAAUAGUCUAUCAAUGCUAAUCUACCUGGUACUUACAUAUCAAUCAAAUCAAAUCUUGUCUAACCUUGAACAUUACACACCUCUAGUACCACCACUUUCACCACCGCAACUUUUACUCCUCUUCCUCCUUCUCUCAACCUCAAUCCAUUUCUUCCUGCGCCUAUCAACCUCUGGUCCUAGACUGCUUUCACUCCUUAAGCAUCCUGGGAUCUUUCUAGGUAGGCGGGUUCGUCGAAAUAGAAUUACUGGGCUAGUCUAUCCUCCCGUCGUCAUCUGACCUCAGAUUCAAUCCUAUCUACCUAGUAUAUUGCGUCCAACAUCCUGAUUCCGCUCCCGGCUUUCCCGACUUUCCAACUCAGGUACCUCGCGAUAGGUUCGAAUCGACGACAAUGUCUUCGUCCGAGCCUUUCCCUAUCCUCAACACUUCGGCCGAUCAAUUGCACUCCGCAACCGACGGAGGUGCACGUCGACGUAGGAAGUCGAGUGGACUAGGCGCCGACAUCCGGGUGGGAGAUACUGGCGCACCCAGUCUCCAAACAAGUCUCGACCACCUGCAGCGCAAUUCAACCUCGAGCUCGGCUUCAUCAAACAGUCAAUUACAAAAGUCGCCGUCAGAUAACAAAGAUGUUUCUAAAAAGGGAUCAAAACGUCGAAAAGCGCGGUCUUUCCUGCGUCGCUGCAAACAUUUCGCCAUUAAGCACACUUGGGUCUUACCUCUUGUGAUUCUGGCUAUCUUUUUGUCGCUUCUGGCCAUCAACCCGACCGAAUCGAAUCCCAUUCACCACUUCAUCUUCCUCUCCUACCCGCUUCCCCGUGAGGCUGGUGCCGAUCCCGACACACCCAUUCAGUAUGGCAAGGGAUUAUGGGAUAUCGCUUUUGUAGUUUUCUAUACAGUUGUCCUCUCGUUCACGCGUGAGUUCAUUAUGCAGGAGCUUCUCCGACCUCUUGCUAAAUAUGCUGGCUUGAAAUCUCGUGGCAAGCAAGCCCGUUUCAUGGAGCAAAUGUACACCGCUAUCUAUUUCGGUUUCCUAGGUCCGGCCGGUAUGUAUGUGAUGAGCAAGACUCCGGUUUGGUACUUCAAUACCCGUGGCAUGUACGAAGGCUUCCCCCACAAGACGCACGAGGCCGGCUUCAAGUUCUACUACUUGUUCCAGGCCGCCUACUGGGCUCAGCAGGCCAUUGUUCUUCUACUCGGCAUGGAGAAGCCCCGAAAGGAUUACAAGGAGCUUGUCGGACAUCAUAUCGUCAGCUUAUCACUUAUCGCACUCAGCUAUCGUUUCCACUUCACGUACCUGGGUAUCGCAGUUUACAUCACCCACGAUAUCAGCGACUUCUUCCUUGCCACGUCAAAGAGUCUUAACUACAUCGAUCAUCCUCUUGUGGGACCCUACUUUUUCAUCUUCAUGUGUUCAUGGGCCUAUCUACGUCACUACCUGAACCUUCGUAUCCUCUACUCACUCUUCACCGAGUUCAAGACUAUUGGUCCCUAUGAGCUAAACUGGGAAACCGGGCAAUACAAGUGCGAGCUGGCCUUCUGGAUCACUCUCACGCUUCUGUCGUCGCUGCAAGCUCUCAACAUGUUCUGGUUCUUCUUCAUCUUGAGAAUUGGUUAUCGAUUCGUUGUCUAUAAUCAGGCAGACGAUGACCGAUCUGAGGCCGAGGAGUCCGAGAUUGAGGAGCUGGAGAAUAAGAAGACCGAGAAGCCGAACAUGAUUGAAAACAAGACUACCGAAGCAACGCCUCUACUCAACGGCGACGCUAACACGAAUGGAGCUACGAACGGCGUUCUGAAGGCUCGUCCAAACGGGGCGGCGUCGGCGCAAUCGAAGAAAAAGUCGGCUCGAUAGAGAUUUGCUGACUUCCCGCCUUCCACGCUUCAUGACAUUCGCUUGUAAAUUUUUAACUUUUUUGAUUGCGCGAGGGGCUAUCAUGUAUAAUGCGACAACCGGAGUCGAGCAUAUGUGGCGGACGUAGACAAGACAACUUUG